UUGAGAAUAAAAAUUAUAAAAGGUUCAGCUAUAAGAUUCCACUAACCAAUCGAACUUCAAGCAGGGAUAUUAAACAUGUUAUUGUACGCGCUUAGUGUAUUCAGCGUUGCAACGUUUGGAUUAUCCGUAACUGGAGAAUCUACACUUCCUGUAACAACAUGCAAACGUGAUUCAGCUGAUUAUUCCGCCUGUUUAAAAAGUGCUGUAGAAGAAGCAUUGCCACGGUUUAUUCCAGGACUACCAGAAUUUGACUUACCACCCUUAGAUCCAUUAUUUUAUAAGUCUGGUAAAGCUACAUUUACAUCAGGCGACUUACGUGGAAAACUAAUUAUGUCAAAUGUUACUGCUACUGGUAUAGCAAACGCUCAGAUUCUUGAUGUAAGAGCGAAUCUUGUUGAUGACGUUUUCCGUUUGGAAAUUGACACGCUACUACCAAAAUUAUUUUUUGAUGGUGAUAUAAAACUAGAUGGUAGUGUAAGUGUAUUCAAAGUUAAUGGUAAAGGUUAUAUGAAUGUAACUGGGGGUGAUGUUAAAACAACGUGGGAUAUCGAAGGACCUGUAGUAAAUGAUAUAUGGAUUAUAAAACAUUUUCGUGCCCUUCCGUUAUUUGGAACGUUUAAAGUACAUAGUGAUUUCUUAACAGAACAAAGCAAAGAAUUCAAUGACAUUAUCAUGUCAUUCAUAAACGAAUUCUGGCCGGCGAUACAUCGAGCAGUGCUACCAAUAGCAUCCGCAAGAUGGGAUCCAUGGUUGACUAACUUAACCAAUAAGUUGUUCUCAAAAGUUUCUUUUUCAAAAACAUUUCCAUAAAACUAAUGUACUUAUUAUAUGUCAGAGGAAUGCAAACUUCUCAUAAAAUUUAAAACAUAUUCAAAUUUGUAAACGCAAAUGGUAUGGGCAGAUCUCUUCUGAGAUUCUAUAACUUCAUUUUUAUUUCUUAAUUACUAUUUAUAAGCAAAAGUAAUAAAUCAUCUAUACUUCACUGCAAAAUUACUUUUUUUUAUUGUUUAUGUUUUUAAACACUGUAAGCAACCGUUAAGAACAAUUAAUUGUGUCAUCAAAAUGCACAUUCUUCAAAAAUUAGCAAAAAGACUACUUAAAAAAUUUUUAUUAUUUUACUUUUUAUAAGUCAUUAAUUAAGGCUUACUGUAUGUAUAGUAAACAUUGAAUAAAGCCAAUGAUCAUGUUCUUUUUGUAUAAA